GUUCUUUCCAUCAUUGCUUCAGCACUAGAACUUUAUUCCACUUCUUGAACAAGAAUCUUCCGCCUGCGGAACUAUCUUCAUCAUGGCUUCAAUCAAUUUUGGUGUUCUCAUGAUACCCUAUCAAACAGUUGACGCUGCUAUGCCUCUGGAUGUUUUGAGCUCAUGUUCCAAAUCAAUGAUGGAAGCUUGCCAAUCUCCCGAGGCCCCGGAAAUUGAUCGCUUGCUACCUCACGCAAUUGAUAUCAAUUUCUUUCAUAUCAAUGAGACAUUGGAACCAGUUGAGCUCACUGCUGGAUUUAAAGUGGUACCAACAACCACCAUCAAGGAUUGCCCACCACUUGAUUACCUCCUCAUUGGCGGUCCGAUACCAACCUACCAGCUCCCGGAAUCUUUCAAAAGCUUUAUCCGUGCCCAUGUUGAAGCAGGGAAGGGUCUUUUCACUACAUGUACUGGUGCCGUAACCGUUGCUCAGACAGGAAUAUUAGAUGGAAAGAAAGCAACGGUGAAUCAUACUGUCAUCGAGCACGCUAAGAAGUAUUUUCCAAAUGUAAACUGGACAAUUGAUGCUCAAUGGAUCAUUGAUGGUAAUAUUUGGACGGCUGGCGGUGCUUGUGCUGGGAUGGAUAUGAUGGCUAGUUGGGUAAUGAGUAGGGUUGGGAUGGAUCUGGCGAAGUUUGCAUUUGAGGUUUUGGAUUAUGAACCUAGGGAUGUGAGAGGCGAUCGAGUUCUUCCUCAGCAACACCACCACAUCGUGGAAGCUUAAAGGACUCCAGAGGGAUGAAGGGCCAUGGGCAGAGACAAAAACUCUUUAUGAGGAAGCUUACCAUUGCAUUUACGGAAAUUAUCGACCACUUGAUACAAGAUAAACAAUUGAAUUCCAAAGUUUUCGCAGUCAUAAA